AUGGCCGUGGAUACAAGCUACCUGACCAGCCAGGUCAACACUAUCGUUGAGCAGCUCCAUGGCCUAUUUGAUGAUAUCGGUGUCCCUCACCAUGAGCGAGAGUCACGAGAAUCCGAACUAUUCUCGGCCCUCUCGGAGACUCUACACGGACAUUUACAGCGUGUUGAUGAGGAAAAGAACCAGAUGAUGGAAGAGGCCCAUCAACUUCAAACGACCAUAAAACAAAUGGAAGCUUCCCUUGAUGGCGCCGGGAGAGGAAGCCGAGAAUUUGAAGAGAUUGAGAUCUCAUAUCCCUUAAACAGAUGCCUUGAAGCACUCAAGGAAAAGCACAGGACAGUCAGUAAACUGCAUCAGGAGCGAUUCGAGCAAGUGAAGAAACUUGUAGAAGCUCUCGUGUCCUACUCCUCUCACCUUGAGCCGUCCUUCGUUUCCAUAGAACUUCCACCAACGGAGCCGGGUACCAUAGCUCCUCCAUCGUUUGACCUCUCCUCAAAAUACGUGACAGCCCUUGAUGCUGAGUUCACGAGGGUAUACGAAGAAUAUAACCGCCGUGUUGCCACGAUGAGCAGCCUCGGACAGGAAAUCGUGAAUCUCUGGGCUGAACUCGGUACACCACAGGCGCAAACAGAACCCCUAAUUGUUCAACAUUACCGAGACUCUCCUGAGCAACUGGGCCUUCAUCAAUCAGACAUCGCCAAUCUCCGAUCUAGACGAGAGAAACUUUUAGAGGAAAAAGGCGCCAGAGAGCGCAAGCUGAAAGAGCUUAAGGCAGCUGUUGAUGCCCUGUGGGACAAAUUAGGCGUCGAGGAGUCCGAGAGAAGGGCUUUCCUAGCUUCAAACCGUGGCUGUGGACUGAGAGCUAUAAACGAAUUCGAAGAUGAGCUUUCGAGGCUCAAUGAGCUCAAGAGACAGAAUCUACAUCUGUUUGUGGAAGAUGCUCGUUGUCGACUACAGGAGCUGUGGGACAGCUUGUACUACUCGGAGGAAGAGAUGUUGGACUUCACCCCGGCAUUUUCGGAUGUUUAUAGUGACGCAUUGCUCUCUGCACACGAAGGAGAAAUUGCCCGUCUUGAGGCUCUAUUAGAGCAAAGAGCACCCGCUCUCCAGCUUAUUGAUAAGCACAAGUCACUCAUCGAGGACCGUGAUUCACUCAAUGCUUCUAGCCAAGACGCUUCCAGAUUGAUGGCCCGUGGUAACAAGGGCGAAAGACGUGAUCCUACACGUCUUCUUAGAGAAGAGAAGAUGCGGAAGAGGAUUGCAAAAGAGUUGCCAAAGGUUGAACUAGAGCUCAGGAAGACUCUCCAGCAAUGGGAAGAUGAAUACGGUAGACCGUUCCUUGUCCAUGGCGAACGAUACCUAGAUGAAAUCACGCCUGCACCUGCACCGUCGAAGAUUCCACCAAGGUCCAAAACACCCUCUUCAUUCUCAACCGCUUCCAGGGCAAACUCUGUUCGAGGACCUCCAUCAAUACGGGGCGGUGCUCCGCCUAAACCAAACCCUCCUGUAUCACGGGCGAAAACCCCAACUUGCAACAGCGCCCCCAAGAAUAUCCCAAGACCUUAUUCUGCUGCCGCUGGAACCUUUUCGAAGUCUCCCUCGAAGAUACCUGCUCGUGUUCCACUUGGUAAUCUGCCACAUGGAAAUAACUCUCCAGAACGGCGAGAACCCUUACCACAUAAUUACUCCUCAAGUACGAUUCGCGGGACUAUGGCACCACCUCGAGCGCCUCCACCAAAGAUGAGAGAUCUCUUUCAUCCACCUAGGCCACAAACAUCCCACUCUAUUUAUAGGCGCGAAGCAGAACAAUGCCCGAGUUUGAUUUCCGCCGGGUCUAGUGGAAACGUAACGUCAACCAGCCCAGAAGACGAUUCGUAUGAAAGGGGACAUCAGCGUGCAUAUACACAGUCCUCAGUACCCUUGCAAAACUCGAGCAUAAACUGCUCCGUUCAGUCUUUGCAUUCUUCAAACGUCCAAGAUAGCGGGUAUUACCAGCAACAGCAAUCCUCCUUAAUUAGCCAAUCAAACGACAAACAGUACCGCCCUCCGAAUCCUACCAGCAGACAGAUUUCAAAUUCCACAAUACAAACAGUAACAUCUGGUUCAGAAAACUGGGAAACCUAUGAUGAUGCAUCCGAGCCUGAAGCCGACGCAACAGAGGUCUACUAUGCUAAGCUAAGAGCUACCCAUGGGAAACGUAUGGGGACUCCAGGGGAACUAGGGGGUUCGAGGAAAAUAAGAGGCAUUCGAGGGGUAAGCGCUGAUGAUUAUGAAUCGGAAAAUACAUACUCACAUCGAGUCGACGGCAGUGACGCAUGGACCGAUGAUUUGGAGCAAUAUUAA